UUAUGAAGGUCAGGAGAAAGCAAGAAGUGGCACUCAACUUUCGGUCUGGUUCCGUGCGGCCUCCCGUUGUAGUUGUUUUACGUCUUCGCACUUGUGUUCAGUCUUUUCGAGUUGUGUUCGAGCUUGGUCGUCGCUCGCCACGUCGAUCUCGUGUCGUACUCUAAAGUUCUCUCGAAAUGCUCGCAGCAGGAAGGAUCGUUAUCAAGACCGCACGACCAUUGUCGUUGCGAAGAUGGUCUGCGCUUCGACUUCGUUCUCUCGCGACUGCCGCUUCAGGGGAGUUAAAGAAAACAGGAUUAUAUGAUUUCCACGUCGAAAAUGGCGCGAAGAUGGUGCCCUUCGCGGGGUACUCUAUGCCUCUAUCAUAUGGCAAUACCGGUGUAGUUGCAAGUCACCAUCACAUCCGAAACAGUGUAGGACUUUUUGACGUUGGACACAUGGUUCAGUCAAACUUCCUCGGGCCAACAGCUACCGAAUUCUUGGAGUGGUUGACCCCUUCUUCGCUGUCGUCGUUAUCACCGUAUACAUCAACGCUCUCUGUACUACUCAACGAGAGAGGUGGCAUUAUCGAUGAUACCAUAGUUACCAAACACUCCGACGACGCGUUCUAUGUCGUUACGAAUGCCGGAAGACGUGACCGAGACUUGGCCUGGUUCAAGGAGAAAUUGGAGGAGUGGAAUGCUUCGGAGAAAGCGAAAGCAGAAGGAAAGGUUGAACACGAAAUCUUAGAAGGAUGGGGUUUGCUUGCUCUUCAGGGACCUGAGGCGGCUUCAUACCUGCAAGCAUUGACGUCAUUUGAUCUCACCGAGCUGACGUUUGGCAAAUCUGCCUUCGUCCCUAUCGAAGGAUUCAACUUGCAUGUUGCGCGAGGAGGUUACACUGGCGAAGACGGCUUCGAGAUCUCAAUUCCUCCCUCACAAACGGUCGACGUGGCUAAGCUCCUCACAAAACCACCAGUGCAACUUACAGGCCUCGGUGCACGAGAUAGUUUGCGUCUUGAAGCAGGAAUGUGUCUCUACGGCGAGGAUCUGGAUGAAGAUACUACACCUGUUGAAGCCGGUUUGACCUGGGUCAUCGGCAAGAAUCGAAGAGAGUUAGGAGAGUUCAUUGGUGCCGAAGGAGUGAGGAAACACCUUAAGGAAGGUCCACCUCGACGGAGAAUAGGUUUAUUUGUAGAGGGAGCACCAGCACGACAUGGCCAUAAGAUUGUGGAGCCAACCGAGAAGAAGCAAAUCGGUACGUAUCUCCAACCCUCACAUUCACUGGCCUGCUUGACUUGGUGCGUUUACAUAGGAACUGUGACUUCUGGCAUCCCCUCUCCAACCCUUGGGAAAAACAUUGCCAUGGGUUAUGUUCAAAAUGGUUUCCAUAAGAAGGGUACAGAGCUGGAGGUGGAAGUUAGGAAUAAACUGCGCAAAGCUGUGGUUACGCCUAUGCCAUUUAUCAAGCCUGGUUACUACAGGGGAGUGUAGUAGGAAGCAGCAGUGGGUAAUAUAGCCUAUUCGACUGAUGGUUUUGAAUAACCAGAGUUUUCUUAUAGAAGAUGUACAUACGUACCAAACAACCAUAUUCGCUGGGUUUGGUGUUCUUUUCGGCCUCGACGCCCUUACUUUCUUUUACAUCCACGUCAGGAUACUUCGUACGUCUUUCCUUAUCUUCCUUUCAAAGACUUCCAUAUACGGGCUGCGAACAAUCGGAGUUUCAUGCACUACAUAUCGCCACAUUCCUGCUUG